AUGGCUCAGUGUGCGGCUCAUCCUGCUGUCCUCAUCGUUCUGCUGGUGUUCGGUCUGGCCGCAGUCCUGCUCCUCACUGUGCCGAGCGAAGACGUUGCCAGGGCGCCCGGGUUCAUGUACGGAAUUGUUUUGGAUGCUGGAUCCUCACACACAUCCUUAUUUGUAUACAAGUGGCCUGCAGACAAGCAAAAUGGCACCGGUGUGGUCACCCAACACAGUGAAUGUCAUGCAAAGGGAGGUGGGAUAUCCAGCUAUGCUGGCAAAGAGGGAGCGGCGGGGCAGAGCUUGGAGGAGUGUCUAGACCAGGCAGUGCACGACGUCCCUGCAUACAGACACAAGGUCACACCUGUGUACCUGGGUGCCACAGCUGGCAUGAGGCUUCUGCACAUUUCCAGUCCAGAGCAUUCAUCUCAAAUUCUGCAAGAAGUUGGCCGCAAAAUCCAGGCAUACCCUUUCAGCUAUCAGGGGGCCGCCAUUCUCUCAGGUCAAGAGGAGGGAGCAUUCGGUUGGGUCACGGUCAACUACCUCUUAGAGAAUUUCAUUAAGUAUGGCUUUGUAGGGCGGUGGCUCAGCUCCGGCAGGCCUACAGUGGGGGCCCUCGAUUUCGGCGGCGCAUCUACCCAGAUAACAUUUGUGACUCAGGAACAAGUGGAGGAUGAGAAGGACAUGAUGAAGCUGCGUCUUUAUGGACAGGAGUAUUCUUUGUACACACACAGCUUCCUCUGCUACGGGCAGGAUCAGGUCCUCAAGAGGCUUCUGGCCCACAUUGUCAAGUCUCAAGGUUAUUCAGUAUCAGUCACUCACCCUUGCCAUCCUAUGGACUCUUCUGUAAAAAUAAAUCUGGACACCAUCUUCAGUUCUCCAUGUACAGCCAAGUACACACCGAGCACCUACAAAGCUCAGGACUCUUUGCUAAUAAACGGCAGUGGCCAUUAUGAGCAAUGUGUGGGCAAUGUGUCAGAAAUCUUCUCCUUUGACGGAUGCCCCUUCUCUCACUGCUCCUUCGAUAACAUCUUUCAGCCCAACGUGACUGGCAGCUUCAUGGCAUUUUCAGCCUUCUUCUACAUUCACUCCUUCCUGCAGCGCAUCACUGCAGUCACAGUUAGCACGCCCAUGCAAAUGGAGGAGACUGCUAAAACAGUGUGCAAGAUGAGUUUUGCUCAGAUGCUGGCUCUUGUUCCAGAUCAAGCAUCUCGCCUGAGGGACUAUUGUGCUUCCUCUGUGUUUGUCAAGGUUCUCCUACUCAAAGGAUACAGCUUUGAUGAAAAAUCAUUCUCACGCAUUUCUUUCAAGAAGAAGGCUGGCGACACCUCAGUUGGGUGGGCUCUUGGCUACAUGUUGAGUCUGAGUAAUUUGCUGCCAUCAGAAAAAGUUCGAACGUGGAAGGCAUUAGCACCGGGAGUAUGGGAAAGCCUCACAGUUCUUUUUGUGCUGCUGCUGGUCACCAUCCUGGUCUUUAUUGCACUUCGAGUCUGUGAGUGGAAAAAGAGAGGACUCAAUGACAGAGUCAUCUAGACCUGCAAUAACACUGUGCCGUCAGAAAGCAAUUACUGUCAUCGAGUUUACACUGUUUGGGCUCUAUAUAUCAUCC